AUGGGCUUUCUUAUUAAUAGAAUGCACCAUUUCCUGCAUCAGGGAAAUAUUUUCAAAGAUGCUGCUACCUGGAAUGAAAGCACCUUGCUCAAGAGAGAUCAUGCUUGGAAGAAGACUUGGAUUCUGGACUGUGUGCCCUCCGCCUUUUUCAAUGCUUUCGUCUCACUCGUUAUAACUUCUUCAGUGAAUGGUCCAGUAUCUAGUUUGGUUCCCAUGUUCAGAUUCAUUCCCGUCGACCACUCUUCUCAUCAGGAAUUAAAUACCGUAAGGCAAUCACUCAAAGCGAAGCUUGUUGAAGAAAGUAUUGUUCCAAUUGAGACUUACUCACAGCAGAAUGUCUUUUAUAAACCUUACGAAGUAGGUAGGCUUAUGCCUGAUUUCUGGAGAAUCUUGGACCAGGCAAGGGAGCAAAAGGUGAACUUGCAUAAUCUCCAAUCCCUUGGAAAGUACAUUCUGAGUUCUUCAUUUGAUAAUGAGGAGUAUGAUGACAUAUUGAGUUUCUUGGGAGUGGAGCCAGUCAACAAUGAAUGGUAUGCAGCGUGCAUCCAGAGUAGUAAUCUUGUUGCGGGAGUGUUAAAGGACUUGUAUUUGGAGAUUUUACUAUUUUUUGCUAGUAAUUGGAGCUCCAAAUUUGAGUGCACCAAUAUCAAGAACGUUCGACUUAUAAAAUAUGUGGGCGUGGAUAGGGAUGAGUCUUUGUGCAGCAUAUAUGAAUGCAUGAACUUUUCUACUGUGGUAUCUCUGUCACGUGACUAUCUUUACGUGUCAUGGCUGAGUGAUUCGAGCAGGGAAUUCAGAUGUGCUGGUAACCGAUUUUUCAUGCCGACAUGCACACAAGAAGCUUUGUUCUUCUCCUCUAAGAAGGUGGCGAUUUGGAAUUGGCUUCAAGUGCAAGUAAAGGUGGUUUUUGUGAAUGUCUAUGAAUAUGCAAUUCAUAUUAGGAAUUCCCUCAAUAAUGAUCGAAAGCUUGCUGUUGCAUUUGUUCGCUUCUUAUACCACUCCCUGUUGAAAGAGCAUUUGUCAAGAGGGGAAACUGAUGAUUUAUGUGAUAUUAUGCCACUCAUAGACAACUAUGGGGACCUAACCACCAAGAGGCAAGGGGUUAUUGUCCCUGCUAACGGAAGCAAAUGGGUGGAAUUGAUUGUUUCGAAUCCAUGGAGAGGUGUAGACUACAUUGAGUUGGGAGAAGAAAACUUGCGUCCAGGUUAUUUUGCAGGUGAGUUUACCUCAGGAGAGCAGCUCCUAGAGUUCCUUAAAACUCAUGUUGGAGCUUCUGAUAUCCCUGAUAUAUCUCCUCCCGAUGCUGACAUUCCUGCAGUUGCUGCCCCACUCACCUUUCAAAACGUAUUCUUGCUUUUAGAUUGGAUUCGAAACUUGAAAUAUAGGGGAAUUAGAAUUCUAAACAGGUUCCUAAAAAGCAUAAAGGAAGCCACCAUCUCUGUCAUUCAUGCUUACCUCUUCACUGGGAACCAUUUUGCAAACGGAUCGGUGCUUGUUCAUAUACCGUUGAUUGAUCAAAAGUUUUAUGGCGAUAGAAUAAAUGACUAUAAGGACGAACUAAAGACAAUUGGAGUCGUGUUUGAGUAUGGAGAAGCAUGUGAAUAUAUUGGGAACCAUCUUAUGUUUGUUGUAGAAAACUCCACUUUAACUAGAAGCCAGGUGCUAUCUGUUCUAAAUUUCAUCAGAUUUUUUAAGGAAAAUGUUCUUCCUUUGGAUAAAUUCAUCAGUAGGAUCAAAGAAAGAAGAUGGCUGAGGACAUCUUGCAGUGAUAGGUCUCCAGUUGAAUUUGUUUUGUUUGAUCCUGAAUGGAGACUUGCUUCUCAAAUCAGUGACAUCCCCUUCAUCGAUACAGAUUACUUUGGGGAGGAAAUACUUUCUUUAGAAGAGGAACUCAAGUCCCUGGGUGUGUUGAUUGGUUUCAAUGGAAGUUUCAAGCUCGUUGGAGACAACUUAAAAUCACCUUCACGCUUGACUUCUUUGACAGCUGAGGCUGUUCUUUUAAUCCUGGAAUGUAUGCAUCAUUUAGGAUCACCCACCAAACUCGUUGAGACACUGAGAGGUGUGAAAUGCUUCAAGACAAAUAUUGGUUAUAAGUCUCCAGGAGAAUGUUUCCUGUUUAACUCUGAAUGGGCUUGCAUGCUACAGGUUUUCAAUGGAUUCCCACUGAUUGAUCAUGACUUCUAUGGAAGCAUCAUAUUUUCCUAUAUAAAUCAGUUGAGGCAAAUAGGAGUGAAGGUGGAUUUUGAGGAGGCAGUCAAAGUAUUUGCUCACAGUUUCAGACAGCAAGCAUCUUCCAUGACAAAGGAAAAUGUUUUGUCCUUUUUGUCAUGUUAUAGACAGCUGAAGGGUACUCCACAUAAGUUUCCUCCAGAUCUCAAGAAAUUCCUCCGUGAGGAGAAGUGGUUGCGGACUAGACUUGGUGGUGUAUGA